AUGAGAUUCACCACCGCCACGCUGCUCUCGUUGGCGCUGCCAUCGCUGGUCACUGCUACCGGCGGCCAUGGCGACCACGGCCACGGCAAGCCGCUGGUAGAUUCAACGAAACUCCAAUCUCUGGUGAAGACGAGGGAUCUGCUUGAUGGCUCCCAUAGACUCCAGCACAUGGCCGACGCGAAUGGCGGCACCCGUGCCUUUGGAAGCGCCGGCCACAACGCUACGGUUGACUAUGUCUACAAGACACUCAAAUGUCUCGAUUACUACAACGUGGUCAAACAACCCUUUACCGAAAUCUACUCGGCGGGCUCAGGCAACCUCAAGGUCGGCAACCAGUCGAUUGCCACCCAGAUCAUGACUUACACCCCAGGCGGUGAGGCCACAGCGCCGAUCUUGGCCGUCGCCAACCUGGGCUGCGCGGUUGCCGACUUCCCGGCCGAUGUGGUUGGCAAAAUAGCUCUCAUCUCGCGUGGCACCUGCAGCUUUGCCCAGAAGUCACUGAGCGCCAAAGCUGCCGGUGCCGUUGGCGCCAUCAUCUACAACAACGUUGCCGGCGCGCUUUCCGGCACACUGGGCACCCCGUUCCUAGACUAUGCGCCCGUCGUCGGCAUCAGCCAGGAAGAUGGCCAGUCCAUCAUUGCUCUUCUGUCUCAGGGCGCCGUCACGGCCACGCUCAAAAUCGAUGCCACCGUCGAGGAGCGCGUGAAUUUCAAUGUCAUUGCUGAGACGAAGGGCGGAGACCACAACAAUGUCCUGAUUGUCGGCGGUCACUCGGACUCUGUCCCUGCUGGACCAGGCGUUAACGACGAUGGAUCCGGAAUCAUCGGCAUCUUGACAGUCGCCAAGGCUCUCACCAAAUUCCGCGUAAACAACGCCGUCCGCUUUGCCUUUUCCGAGAUGGCCAAGAUCCGCGCCUACCUCAACUUUGACAUGAUCGCCAGCCCCAACCACAUCUAUGGAAUCUACGACGGCGACGGAAACGCAUUCAACCUGACGGGCCCCUCCGGUUCGAACAUCAUAGAAAAAGAUUUUGAAGACUUCUUCAAGAGCAAGAACACCCCCUCGGUUCCGACCGCCUUCAGCGGCCGGUCCGAUUACGCCGCCUUCAUCGAGAAUGGCAUCCCGUCUGGUGGCCUGUUCACGGGCGCCGAGGCACUCAAGACGGAGAAGGAAGCGGCGCUAUUCGGAGGGCAAGCGGGCGUCGCUUAUGAUGCCUUUUUGCUCAACACCAAGGCCAUCGCCAACUCGGUCGCCAAGUACGCCGCUAGCUUUGCCUCGCUGCCGGCUGUCAAUGUGAAUGAGCGCCGCUGGGAGGCUGAUCGCGCCAAGUUGCUCAAGCGGAAUGUUGACACGCAUGGUCAUGCUCAUGUCCAUUCUGGUCCUUGUGGUGGUGGGGAUUUGAUCUAG